AAAAAAAAUCACAUUUCAGCUUGAAACUCACAUUUAGCCAUGCUGUCUCGAAAUGCCAUUCACAGAGUGUCCAGCGCGGCAAGGUCAACGUUGAAGCUCAACCGAACAUUAGCGACCGAAGCUACUCCUUCAUUUGCUGCUCCAAAAACAAAUGUCAAUCCAGCAUACGACGAGGCUCUCAAAUUGAUUGCUCAGGAUAAAGAAUAUAGAUAUUCUAUGCUGAAAAAGGUGGAGAAAGAACUCGCCAAAGUUAAGAAAGCAAACAACUCUCCUACACAAAAGCAACAACUCACCCGUUUGCAACAACUCGCCAUUGACCUCCAAGUCAAGGCAGAGUUGAAUGACCCCGAAGUUCAAUGGCGAUUUCGUAACGGCAUGCGUGACAUGAACCGACCUGUCCAUCGCUACAUGGUGGAAAGGGAAUUCCAGAAAGAUCGCAAGAGCAAAUUGUUGGAAAGAGUCUUGCAAAUGCGAGUAUGCCCAGAUAUUUUGGAGCAAUUCGAUCCAACAGCACAAGUCAUUGUGGAAUACGAUGGCAACAGUGUUCAGGAAGCCGGUAUCUUCCUUCAACCUGGAGAGACCGUUAAGCCUCCUACGGUUUCCUUUGUAAAUUUCCACGAAGAAACCAAGCUCUACACUGUCAUGAUGAUUGAUCCAGAUGUUCCCGACCAAGAGCGACAAACUUAUCAACAGCAAUGCCUUUGGCUUAACACUAAUGUCCCAUUAAGCACCACUCAACCUGUCGUCAGUGGCGGUGACACUAUCUUACCUUAUGUCCCACCACAUCCCCAGAAAGGUACAAAGUACCAUCGCUACACCAUUUUAAUACUAGAACAGCCUAGUGGCAAAAUUGAGGUCCCUUCUGUAGAAGACAAGCGAUUCGACACUCGCUCAUUUAUUCAACAGUAUCAACUAUCACCACGAGGCGUUAGCUUCUUCCGCGAGGUUUGGAACGAAGACGUUAGCCGUAUUUAUGCUGAUAUCCUCAAGGAACGAGAACCAGUCUUUGGCAAGCCACCUAAGGCUAGUAAAUAUCUUGAAGAUGUUGGCCGAAAGAGUAAAAAAUACCUUCUUUUGUAAAACAUUCCAUCUCAACUCCAUGCCCAUAUUCUUGUUUUUACUGUCGCUAAAACACCCUUUUCAUAGAAAUAAAGUCUGCAGACCCAAUUAUUUUUUUUUGUACGAUCAA